CCACUUCCUUUUGAGAAAGCUUUUUAUUCAGUGUUAUGUGGUAUGUUUUUGCGCGUGUAAUUUUGUCGAAUUUUCGGCCAUAAACUGUAAAGCGAGCACUUAAAUGUAGUGGGUGUGAAGUAAGUGAAUUCAUGAAAGAACAUGUAUUUGCCGUCUUCCUACUACAGAUAACAUCAGGUGUGUAUUCCUUUGAAGUCUGGGAGAAGUUCAUCGGGAAACUACACCCUGAUCCAUACUGGUCAACCGUAAGACGUACUGUGUGCGAAACGUGAACUUAAAAACAGAAACAGCUGAAUGUUGUGUGGUGUUGUUGAAAAUAUGUCGAAUGUGACCUCUGCUGAAAGUGUUUAUUAUGGAAAUAAUUAUCAACCAGAAGUGUGCAUGCACACCCACAACGGUGAACGGCCAUUCAAGUGUGGUAUAUGUACAAAGGAUUUCAUUUCCAAGGGAAACCUUGUACAACACAUGAGGAUCCACACUGGUCCAAAACAUUUAACAACAUGUGGUGUGUGCGAGAAAACGUUGUCAAGCAGCUAUACACUCGAACAGCACAUGUCUAUUCACACUGGCAAAAAGUCCUUCGAGUGUGAAGUGUGCUCAAAAGGAUUCAUAAGAAGAGGAGAAUUGAAAAACCACAUUUGGAUCCAUACAGGCGAGAAGCCGUACAAAUGUGAUGUGUGCACCAAAAGUUUUACCCACAGUUCUAGUUUGAUAAAACAUAAACGUCUCCAUAGCGAUGAGAAGCCCUUCAAAUGUGAGAUGUGCGCUAAAGAAUUCAUAUGCACUGGACACUUGAAGCGACACCGGUUGAUUCAUACUGGCGAGAAACCUUUUGAAUGUGGUAUGUGCAAAAAAUGCUUCCCAAACGUUUCGGACCUAAAACGCCAUAUGGUGAUCCACACGGGCGAACGGCCCUUUGUGUGUGAGGUGUGCACCAGAUGUUUUUCACAGCGGUCCAGUUUGAAAAAACACAAAACGCUUCACAGCCGCUUGAGAUGCGUGAUGUGCAAAAAAGGAUUUGCAAGCUCUGGAGACUUACAACGCCAUAUGAUAUUGAAACAUAACUGAGAAUAACGUUUCAAAUAAUGACAUAUGCACAAAAUGUUUUACACAGAGUUCCAGUUUAAAAAAGCCAUAAAAUGGUUCGUUAUGGUGAGAAAUCCUUUCAAAUGUGAGGUGUGCACAAAAGGAUUUAAAGCUCAGGAGACUUAAGACAUCAUACUUGAUUCAUAGCUGAGAAAAACAUUUCAAAUGUAAUAUGUUUGUUUGUUUGUUUUGUUUAAUGACACCACUAGAGCACAUUAAUUUAUUAAUCAUCGGCUAUUUUGACGUCAAACAUUUUGUAAUUUUGAAAUAUAGUCA